CCCCAAAGUAUCAGUAUCUCAGACAGUCCUCAGAGUCAUUCUGGUUUCUAACACAUAACAUAAGGCAUGGCUACCCUCUUCCUCCCCCUCCUCAUCCUCAUCAUCCUCAGUGGCCUUCCAGGUAACAGCAGCGUGAAAACGUUUCAGUAUUUAACCCGCCAAUAUGGAGGAUCAAUCACCAUCCCAUGUUUCUAUGAACACAAGCAGAAGGAUCAUGCAAAGUACUGGUGCAGAACUAAAGGUCUGCAAUCCUGUACCAUGCUGGAUCGCAAUGAGACUGAACGGAGGAUCGGCCGUGAACGCAUCGCCAACAACCCCGACAAGCUGGCUUUCUACAUAACCAUGAGCAACCUUCAGUGGUACGACGCCGGGAAUUACUGGUGUGCUGUGGAGAUUAACGGCACUACGGAAUACUCUGAAAACCUUCGCUUAGCAGUAACAAAUGCUCAGAGUGUGUGGACUGAGAGCUGGGUAUCUGCAGAGAGAGGAGGAUCUGUCACCAUCCCAUGUUACUAUGAUCAGAUGCAUAAACUCCAUGUGAAGUACUGGUGUAGAGGGUCUAACUGGUAUUCCUGCUCCAUACUGGCACGUUCUGACUCCAAUCAGCCAGCAGGGAAAGUGUCGAUCAGUGAUGACCCCGCCCACCUGGUCUUUAAUGUGACCAUGAGGGACCUGCAGGAUGAGGAUGCUGACACUUACUGGUGUGCCAUUUGGAUUGAAUUUGCAGUAGAUCCCGGUGUAUUUCUGCCUCUGAUGAUCAGCAGCGCAUUUGCUGCAGGAAAUGUCAAAAAUAUAACUGGCAAGGAACUUCCAGCUGGGCCUCCCACUGCGUCCAGUGGCGUCUCACCUAAGGAAGUCUCCAGCACUGACAGUACAGAAAGCUCAUCCUCUCAGCUGGUUCUCCUGCUAACUCUGGGACUGCUGCUGCUUCUGGUGAUCCUGCUGGCCAUUGUUAUGGUCGCCAUGCUGAACAGACAAGGAAAAAGACCGGCCAGUAAUGAUGAUACACAGAACAGACUUGCCAACAUACCCUCUGUAGACCCUAAGAAUGCUAUGAUAUACAGCACAAUAACUCUACAGAACCAAGAGGAGCUUUCGUCAGAGGACCCUGCUGGUUUGAUGGUCUAUAGUACUCUGGUCCUGAAGCAGACAUAGCAUGUAUUUGUCUUCAGGCCCAUGGAUGACCAGGCGGUCCUGUAGGUGAUCUGGAUGCCAGUCAGUCAAUUUUUUGACAUGAAAAGCUAUUUUUCAUUCAUAUUUUUUCAAGGCAGAGUAGACUGUAUUAAUGAGAUGUGUAAUUAAUCAGUUGUUACUGAAGACAGUUUUAUUUGUGCCGAAUAUAUAUUUUUGAGCGUAUUUACUUAGUUUGUCCAUUAUAACUGUAUUGAUAAUGUUUUAAGUCAAUCAUAUAUAUGAUGAUUAAUGUGUAUAUCUUAACUCUUUAUUCCAUUCCAUAAUAACAUUUUAUGUGCUUGGUUGGAUAUUAAAUGUUUUAUGUUUUACUUUGGUGCAAAUGCUUAUUUUUUCUACUUUUCUGAACUUUAAUGUGCUACUAGAAACAGGAGCCAAUUUUGUUCAUUUUUACACUGUGAAAAAAUAGUCAAAAAUGGAAAUGAAAUUGAGGAUAUUGAUCGUGAAUUUUUAUGACUCAUUUUCUCAAUGCAUUGGGUAUUUUUAUUGUGUUAAAUGAUUUCUAUUAUGACUGGGAACUCCUCCCAUUGUCACUUCGACUCUAUGAAUGGCCCGGUGUACAAAUAAUUAUUGGAAAGCAAUAAAUUGCAUCAUUUGAAAACAAUUCAUGAAUAUGUUUUGAAUUAAAGUUUCCUGUUUCUUUACAUAACACACAUAACUGUAACAUUUUUGACAAUUUUUAAAGCUUGUCCUUCCAUAUAACUUCAUUUCCAUUUUGACAUUUUUUUCAGUGUACAAAUAAUUUAUGGCUACACUGUAUUUUAUAGUGCACCUGAAACUUAGCCUGCUAAAAUAAAUUUAGCCUAAUUGUAAAUGAGCAGACUUAACACUCACCUUCCUUUGGGCUGAAAUGAAGCCACCUUUUAGCACCUGAUGGAUGUUGUCCUGAUAACUGCUGUGCUGAGACCACCCCAGAUGCAUGCUACUGCCAAUCUUGCUGAUCGUGUUAUGCAUUCAGGAAGCCCUCAUUCCUGACCUCCUGUUCACCAACCAGAUACAGGCCUUGGCAAGGAAUCCAGGUGGUUUGUGACCAGGGGUCCAAUCUGUUUAUAUGCCAACCUCUCGAACGUCAACAUAUGCAAAGUGAAAGCAAGUGGUCUGAAGUCCUG